CGGAAAACACGGAUUCCACAUCGGCUUGCCAUUACUCUUGCACUCUGGCCCCAUGCGUUUGUCGAAUCUACAAGGGCCAGAAGGAAGUAGCAUAUGAGCACAAUAGCGAUACAACUGUGGAAGCGUGUUGAUCUGCAGAAGCCGUGCAGACCUUGCCUAGGGGAAGGACCCUUCUUACGACGAUUCGCCGAUCUAAAGACUUAAACGGACACGCUAGGCUUGAUCCACAUAGAAGCGAAAUCCUAUUCCUAAUAGCGCCUCUGGGACACACGAAGAUCGGUCGGAAAUCCUCUCUGCAACCGAACUAUUUUUAUAGCUGUAGCACUGUGAUCUACCUAAUAUUAUGCUCACCGAGCACCAUCCAGCGGAAGCGGAUGCAGAUGUACCUGGCCGGAAGGCGAGAUGGCAAAAGGAUCCACGACCAAACAAUUAUCAUGAAGUUGGAGUCAAGGGCAGAAAAACCGGUGUAACCGCGCCGAAAAACGUGCAAACAGAUGCAAAUGGGCUUAUGAGUGUGGACGAUUGGUUUCGUGAAGAUGAAGAUGAAACGGAUGAGAUUACCAGAGGGCCACGAGAAGGAGUGUCGGGCAGGAUGUCAACUCCCAGCAAACCAAAGUAUGCAAAAGCCGAUUCAGCUUCUGACGUAGAGCCAUACCAGCAACCACCUCGACGCGUAUCUCCGGCCACGGGGUUUACAAAGGAGAAGACUCCUGGGACUGCAACACGGAAUGCGAUAUCUCGCCUUCCGCGUCCGUCUAUGUUAGAAGGUCCAUUGGAUACAGCCACGAAGCACACCCCUCAAAGUCAGCGGAGUUCCAAGGGUCAGUUUUCGAACAUAUCCAGUGCCUACAUCGUCGACGAGGAUAUGCCAUCACCGCGCACCAUUCUCAGUCCAGCCGCACCUCUUCGCCUUGAACACCCCGUAUCAGAAACAACCCCAAAAAGUCAGCUCGACGACAGGCGACGAAGUAGAACCAGCGGCAGUCUUACGGUGCAGCUGCCACAACGAACUCGUGAGCCUCUUGUUGAGGGGUCCAAGACAUCUCGAAAAAGUGUUGGCGGGCCAUCAUCAUUUAUUCCUUCGAGGUUGUCGCACGUAGCGAAUGUGGACAUGAGUGGCGGUGAUGAUAUUGCUAGGGGGGCCGAGCUUUUGGAAGACGGCUUGGUCGAAUACAGACAGGAAGAAGCCUUUUGCGCAUCAGUGACAAAGACUCUAACCAAAUCUUCAGAAAAUGGUUCGGAUGAUGGGGCAGGACGAGCAGGUAGCCCUCCAUCACCAACUCCUGAAGCGAUUACUUCAAAAAAAGGCAUUGUUCGGGAGGACAUAGCGGAACCUGAUGAAGAGAACGCUGUGUUGGAAGGAAAAUUCAACGAACCGAGCAGCGCGCGGAGGUCGAGAAAGCGCAAGGCUGCCAUACCUACGUCAGAUGCCGAAAGCGACCGGGAUAUCAUUCCUUCAAUGCGGCAGGCGUUACCUGAUUCGGAUGACGGAACUCCUCUACGACGAGGCAAUGCCGCUUACAUGGUAGGCACGAGUAGAACGAUUAGACGUGGUAAUCAGCCCACGCAACAUGAAUACGAGACAUCUGGUAUUAUAGAUGAGCCGAUAUUGGCGUCCGCAAGAAAAACGACUGCAAAACACGCUGUCAGGAAUGUACAUGAUCCUGAUGACAGCGAGGUGGAUACGAGAAGAUACGGCGGUAGCGCUCGUAGAAACCUGUCGGAAGAAUUUGAGAAGUCCACGCGAAAGGCAGAGUCUUCUAUAGACGGCAGAAGCUCUGUGGAAAGCCGUGAAGAUGUUGAAGUCGGUCACGACGCUGCCCUUGAACCCAUUGAGGCUGUGGAUGAGACUCAAUAUUUUGCUGAUGCCAAUGAAGUGAACCACGAAGAACUGUCGGACGAAGGUGGGGAGAAAGAAAACGAGAUCAAAUCCAAACGCCAUCAAAAUGCGCCUGCCCGAAAAGGCAAACAGACUGCAACUCGAACUCGGACACGAAAAGCAAAACAACCUCGCCGCGAACUCCCUCCAGAGGUGACGGAUGCUGUAUUCCAAUUGGAUGACCAAGAUGAAGACGAAAAUGGAGCACGACGCAGCAAGCGGAUGAAGAUAAAACCGCUGAAGUAUUGGGCUGGGGAACGCGUGGUAAUUGGAAGAAGGGAAUCAGGCUUCUUCCCGGUGCCGGUAGUCAAAGAAGUCAUUCGUGUCAAAUCGGAUGACGAGUCAUCAAAUUAUGGGAAGGGGAAGCCCACGACCAGAGUUAAAUCCGAGCCAGCUCCGUUAGUGCAGCCAGAUGUUCCAGUGAUCAACAUCACAACUGGUCAGGAGGAGAAUCAACGUAUCGUGGCUACCCCAGAAAUGCUCAACCCCCGUACGAUAGGAGCGGGCGACUACAAGUUUCAGAAAGUGUUUAGCGAAGGUGAAUUCAUCGCGUCUGGUAUAUUGGUCAUGCCCAAAGGAUCGCAGAAACCCAACAAGAAUUCUAAUCAAUCAGCAAUGAUUUUUUAUGUUGUAUCCGGCGAGGUUGAGGUACAGAUCCACAAGACUAUCUUCGUAGUAAAAACUGGAUCUCAAUUCUUCGUUCCUCGAGGAAAUCAAUAUCGCAUUCAAAAUGUAGCAAGUCGUGAAGCCAAACUGUUCUUUUGUCACGGUAAAGAGGUGCUUAUGGAAGCACCCGCUGGACAGCGGUAACAUGUUAUUUCGUAUCGGUGGAGAAAGCAUACUGCUUUAUGUGGCAUUGCCACUCAGUAAGUGUAAUUGGGAAAAAGUAGCACUAUGUUGCCUUGUAAAUAUAAACGAAACCAUAUUAUUAAAUCGCUUAAGGGUCCUUCUG